AUGGCCUUCCAUGUCUUUUUAGCAGUUAAUGGAUCAGAAGAAUCAGAAGAAUCAGAAGAAGAAGGGAAAAUCACAGGAGGAAAUCAACACUUAUUAGUAGAUGAUAACCUCAGAGAAAUAGGCAAGAAAGCUGCUUGGAGUGUUAGCUCUUGCAAGCCAGAAUCUCAUUUAGCCAAGUGGGUAUCUCGCCUGAAAUUCCACAGGACUACUCUAUGCCUUGCCUACCAAAGUUUUGGUGUUGUUUAUGGGGAUUUAAGCACUUCCCCUCUGUAUGUCUAUAAAAGCAUAUUCUCAAGGAGUUUGCGCCUGAAUCAAGAUGACCAUGAGAUUCUUGGAGUUCUUUCACUGAUCUUCUGGACUUUAACUCUCAUCCCUCUUUGCAAGUAUGUUAUAUUUGUAUUAGGAGCAGAUGACAAUGGCGAAGGUGGAACAUUUGCUUUGUAUUCAUUACUGUGUCGACACUCGAAGAUGGGCCUUUUGUGAAUCUACAAUGUUUCCCAUGAGCGUAUAUCAUCUUACCACAUGGAUAUGUCAACAAAAGAGAUGAAAACUAGUGUACUUAUUACAGAGUUCUUUGAGAAACAUCAUAGUUCUUGUAUUGUAUUGCUGCUUGUUGUUGUUCUUGGGACUAGUAUGGUUAUUGGUGAUGGUAUUUUGACUCCAACAAUGACCGUCCUUUCUGCAGUCCAUGGAAUCCAAAUCAAAGUUCCUGCUUUGCAUGAAAAUUAUAUUCUGUUCAUUGCCUGCAUCAUCUUGUUGGGGCUUUUCGCUCUUCAGCACUAUGGGACACAUAGAGUUGGAUUUCUUUUUGCUCCAAUCUUGGUAGCUUGGCUGCUAUGCAUUAUUGGAGUUGGCAUUUACAACAUAUUUCACUGGAACCCUGGUGUUAUUUUUGCUGUGUCACCACACUAUAUUUAUAACUUUGACAAGAAGGCAGGAAAAGAUGGAUGGCAUUCCCUGGGAGGCAUUGUUCUUUGUAUUGCAGGUGCAGAAGCUAUGUUUGCUGAUCUCGGCCAUUUCUCCCAGGUUUCUAUCAGGGUAUAUUUCUUAUCUUUAGUUUUUGAUGCUUUUUUUAUGUUUGUUUACCCUUGCCUAGUUUUGGCAUAUAUGGGUGAAGCUGCUUACCUCUCCCAGCACAAAAUGGACCUUCGGAGAAGUUUUUACUCGACCAUCCCAGGUAAGUUGGCAUUUUGGCCUGUGUUUAUUGUUGCCCCUCUUGCAACGGCAGUGGCUAGUCAAGCAAUAAUUUCAACUACUUUCUCUAUUAUCAGUCGAUGUAGGGCACUGAGUUGUUUUCCACGAGUAAAGAUAGUACACACAUUGAAUCAAAUACAUGGACAGAUAUACAUACCAGAAGUGAACUGGAUGUUAAUGGUUUUGUGUCUUGCUGUUGUUAUUGGAUUUAGAGACACUGAUAUGAUUGGCAACGCGUAUGGCCUUGCUGCAAUUACAGUGAUGUUCUUAACAACCUGCCUGAUGUUUCUAAUCAUUUGCGCUGUUUGGAAGCGAAACAUUUUUAUUGCAUUUCUGUUUGUAAUGAGUUUUGGAUCCUUAGAGCUGCUCUAUUUCUCUGCUUCCCUGGCUAAAGUACACCGAGGAGGCUGGCUUCCCCUUCUUAUCUCGCUUGCACUUUUGACACUGAUGCUCAGCUGGCACUAUGGGACUUCAGAAAAACUUGCAUUUGAGCUGCAGAACAAAAUAAGCAUAGCUUGCCUUGUGAGCCUUGGACCAAGUCUAGGAGUUUCAAGAGUUCCAGGAAUUGGCCUGGUUUACUCCAAUGUCACCUCUGGCGUCCCACCAACAUUUGCACAUUUUGUCACGAACUUUCUGGCAUUUCAUAAGAUUCUUAUCUUUGUGACCUUUCAGUAUGUGAUGGUCCCUAAAGUUCCGGCUUCUGAACAAUUCCUUGUUAGCAGGAUUGCCCCACCAGAAUUCUGUUUAUUCCAAUGCAUUGUGAGGUACGGGUACAAGGAUUUGAGGGACAGUAAUGAGUUUGAGAUUCUGCUGAUUGAGAAGCUGAUGCAUUUCCUGAAACACGAGAGUAAUGGCGAAGUGCAAUCACCAAUUCAUAUAACAGAUGCAUUGGCAACAAGAAAUAAGGCCAGUGGUGGCGAAACUGGAGGAAGGAAAAAAGUGGUGUUUCAGGUUUUGGGAUCACAUGAUAAGGAGGUAAUGGAGCUUAUGGAGGCCAAAGAAGCUGGUGUGGCUUACAUGACAGGCAAUACUCAUGUUUUGGCAAGUGAGACCUCAUCUCUUGCAAAGAAGUUUGCCAUCAAUGUUCUCUAUGGAUUACUUAGACGGAACUGCUGCCGUCCGGCAAUCACACUCGGGAUCCCACACACUUCACUGAUUGAAGUAGGGAUGGUCUAUCAUGUUUAACUUCAUCACCAGGGCAAAUAAGUUGAUUCUGGCAUAGCAAUUAGAUUCUGUAAAAAGCAUAAUUCAGAAUAAGGAGCUUGCUGGACUUGGGCCCUGAGCAUUCAAAUUCCUGAUGGAAAAUCUAAAGAUUCCCUCAUUCAGCUAAUCAAAAUGUAGGUGUUUGUUGCAUUUACUUUCUUUUGAUUUGGUCAAUAAAUUUGCUGUCUGCUGUCAAGUUAGCUUGAAUUUCUGGUCAUGGCCCUUCUUUUUGGCAUGCUUUUUAAGUUUUA